UAAGGUACUCGAGAUGUCUUCGUGAUGUCAUCGGGAUCUGCCGCUGUAAAAUCGUAGGCUCAUUAGGGAAGAUGAUCAAAACAUGGACGAAAUCACAAGUGCAGAAGAUCUAAAGAAAUUUGAAGAUAUUUAUAUCAGAGAAGCCUCAAAUGGGGAGGUUACAGCAAACACGCAGUUCAACUAUGCUUACUGCCUCGUCCGAAGCAACAGCAAGAAUAAUAUUGUGAAAGGAGCCUCGUUAUUACAAGGGCUUUGCCAUAGUGGAACAGAUCAAAGAGAUUACUUAUAUUUUCUAGGAGAGGCAAACUACAAAUUACAUGAAUACAAAACAGCUUUGAAGUAUGUGAACAGAGUUCUGCAAAUUGAACCACAAAAUAGACAAGCCCUAGAAUUACAGGACAAAAUACAGUCACAGAUGCAGAAGGAUGGGUUGCUUGGCCUUGGGAUAUUAGGUGGCACUGCCUUCAUUCUUGGCGGUGCAGCAGUAUUGGUUGGGCUUUUUGCAGCUAGCAAAUCCAAGUAACCAAGAGAAGAAGAUGCUAAAUACCAACACUGCUAUGCUGAAUGUUAGACUCCAAGAGACAGAGACUAAAAUAUCCCCACUGCUAGGCUAACUGUUAGAUAACAAGUCAUUGUAUUUUAAGAAAGAAAUCUCUAGUUCCACUUCUCUGCAGCCGUGGUUUCCAAAUUGAUGGCCAAAUAACUAAACUAAGAAAUCAAACUACUGUAGCUCGAAAUAAAACUGCAACUCCUACACUUUUGCUAACAAGCAUAAAAUGCUCAAUAAUUUUUGAAGGCAGCUCCAUCAGAGACUAGUGCUCAUGAUCACCCUAUAGCACUUUAAGGUUGCUAAAUAAGGAUAAGGAUUUGCUUUAAAAGUACAUUAUGACGCCAUUUACAAAAAACUCUUAUUACCAGCAAUUCUCUGAAAGAGGUCGUUGGGUCGCCCCCAUUGUGGUAUUUUUUUUAAAAAAGGAAAAAGUUAGGAUAAUGGACAGGUAUCUGAAUUUUGUAGAGAUAAGAUCAAAGAAUGGUUGACUUCUGCACCCAGUCAUAAUGGGAAAUAUCUCGUGGCCGUAUUGUUGCGUGACCAAAAAGCAUUGCGUGACCUAGGCAAUUGGUAUAGCGUGUACGAGACAUAGUCCAAACCUAGCCUUGAAAAAUGAAUAAAUUAUUUCUUCGCCUUAUUUUAAAUUUCCGCUUUUAAACUUGAAACUAUAAAAAGAAAGCACUGUCUAGUA